CAUUUUCAUCCGGGUAUCGAUGAAUUAACGCAUGCGCACUGACAAUUGUGUCGUCGUUGAGAGCUCAAUAAGCAAAGCUUGAGAAAAAUAUUUUCUAAUAAUUCGUAAUUUGUUGCUUUCUACUUGCUGAAGAAUCAUGUCUGAUGAGCCAGCAGAGUGUCCUUUGUGCAUGGAAGCACUAGAAAUUGACGAUCACAGCUUUUUUCCAUGCACUUGUGGCUAUCAGAUAUGUCGAUUUUGCUGGCACAGAAUAAGAACAGAUGAAAAUGGAUUAUGCCCAGCCUGUAGGAAGCAAUACCCAGAGGACCCUGCAGAGUUCAAACCUUUAACAGAGGAUGAGUUGCAAAACAUCAAAAAAGAGAGGAAGCAAAAAGAUGUUCAAAGAAAACAGAAGGCUGCAGAAAAUAGAAAGCACCUAGCUAAUGUCAGAGUCGUGCAAAGGAACUUGGUGUUUGUUGUAGGUCUUUCUCCUCGUUUAGCAGAUCCAGAGGUGCUUAAGAAACAUGAAUAUUUUGGAAAGUUUGGGAAAAUACAUAAAGUGGUGAUAAAUCAGAGCACUUCCUAUGCUGGCUCACAGGGUCCAAGCGCUAGUGCCUAUGUUACUUAUGUGAAACCGGAAGAUGCUCUUCGAGCCAUUUUAACAGUCAACAAUGUUCACGUAGAGGGACGUACGUUGAAAACAUCUUUAGGCACCACUAAAUACUGCAGUCAUUUUUUAAAAGGGUCGCAUUGUCAAAAAAAUGAUUGUAUGUACUUGCAUGAAUUAGGAGAGGAAGCUGCUAGUUUUACAAAAGAUGAAAUGCAAGCUGGAAAACAUCAAGAGUAUGAACAAAUGCUGAUAGAACAGUUUUUAAAUGCUCAAAAUUCAGCUAAUAAUCAUCAUAUAGUAAAUAAUAAGACAAAAAAGUCUGUUUCACCACAAGCUAUAGAGAAUUCUGAAGUUAUACCAUCCUUAAUGGAUAUGACGGGUGAUAUAAAACAUACCCUUUCCAAUUCUGGGCCACUUUUACCCAAUCCAAUAUUAACUCAUACUGUUGGUGGAGCUACGAAUGGGCAUACUCACUUUAAUAAUUCUAACUCUGGUUGGCCACUUUUAGAUGGUACAGGUUCACCUGCACCUGUUAAUGGAACAAAAUUGGAUCUAUCUUCAUCCAACACCAGGACACAAGGUCAAAGUAAUAAACCUCAGCAUAGAACUAAUACACCUCCAGGAAGUGGUGGGGGUAGUGGAAGUAGUCGCACAGUUGGCAAUGGGCGUCUGAGAAUGAGCAACUCUGUCAAUGGUGCAGAUGAAAAUCAUAUAUCAAAUCAAAUAAAUUCUGGAAGUGGAAAUAGAUCCCCUUCUUCUUCACCACCUGGGGAUAUUGAAAAAAAUUCUACAUCACCUCAAAAUGACCAGCCUACUUUCAGAGGUCUUCCACUGCCAACACCUAAUACAAGUCAGCAGUUACCAUUAUCACCUAGGGUUGGGGGGAUAGCUACUGGUUCUUCUACAAACAAUGCUCAUCCACCAUCAGCAAUUACAAUACAGAGUAGUACUCAGAUGCAGCCAAUGCAGCAGGCAGAAGUUAAUACUAGUGCUAUGGUUGGUGCUAUUGGGUCAAAUAGAAGACCAGGCAUAUCAGAGCCUCACAGUUCCCAAGGUCUUUCUUUUUUUGAAAUGCCAAAUGUAACGCUAGCCAAUCAAGAAAUGGCUGAUACUCUUCCAGUAUCCUCCAGUACAGACUGGGUAGCUGCCUUUAGUUUUAAGAAUAAAGAAGUACCACCAGAAGAUGAUCUAGGCUUUGACCCAUGUGCAGAAUCAUUCAAAGGUCUAGCUGAUUUGAUUGAAAAAGAAAAUGGAAUGCAACAACAUUAUCAUCUUUCACUUCACCAACAGAAUCGACUAGGUUCGCCACCACAAAAUAGCUACCCUCCACACCCUAUGCCACAAUCUCCCCAUCAAAACAAUACUCUUCUCAGGAGCCUGCCACCAGGUUUUUCUAUCUCACAAAUACAACAGCAACAACAGCAACUGCAACAGCAGCAAUUUUUUAGACAUGAUAUGGCAAACUCAAAAAUGCUUGAUCUCCUACCCCAGUUUCCUAUAAACACACACCAGAGAUUUGCUCCUCUUCAUAGUUUUCAUAAUUUGCCCAUUGACCUUCACACACAGCAGCAUCAACAGCAGCAGCCACCUGCACGUGAUUUAUACAGUAUGAAAGACAUGCAAGAACAGCUUCGAUCCAUGCUGCCAAAUAUAAACAUCAGCUUUGGUUCUUUUCCUCACCAGCAACAAGCUCAGCAGCAACAGGUUCCUACCUCCAUGCACUUUUCACAACAGAGUCAGCAUUUAAAUAAAAGUUGGCCACUGUCCAGCUCUCCAGAUUCAUCUCCAUGGAAUGAUCCAGCAAUAGUAAGCACCAGUCAGUUUACGGAAUCUGCAAAUCUGUUCCAAGACAGUACCCCACAUUGGCUUAAAUCACUUCAACAGUUAACAGAAUCUGAUGGCCCAACUCAUAGGUUGCCAUUUGUCCAACAGUUUCCCCUUUCUGGAGCAGGGGGCUGGCCCCCUCACACUCACAAUCCUCCUCCAGGCUUCAGAACAGCAGGUCUUAGCAAUCAACAAACUACAGACACUCAUCAGAUGGCAGAAGUUCUCCAGUAGAAAUCACAGACUAUUCUUGGCAAGAUAGAAGCUGCAAACCUUAACAGUUCUGCAAACUAUACAUAUAUAUAUAUAUCAAAAAUAAUGUUUAGGUUAUCAGUUAGUGUUUCAGGCGUCUUUUUUUUUAAUUCCCUGUCUUACCAUUUUAAAAUAUUUCAGAUUUUACAUCCCAUAAUUUAGUCAGUAACCUUUUUUGUGAAAGUUUUACUUAGGGGAGUAUGCCAUUAUUUUAAUUCCUGAGAUUAUCCAUGACACCCACCUCACUUAUAGAGUUUAUUUAGUUAAAAAAUAGAUUGGGUCUCAUUAAUUCUCUUUAUCUCUAACUUCUGUAAUGGGAUGAGAUAGUCAAUAGCUAAUGGACAACAUUAAUAUUGUUAGUGUGUUUCUCUAUUUACAAAUUUUAAUUAAAAUUUAAAACUCCCUACUAUGCUAUAAAUGGUUUUAUAACCAAUCCCUAUUUUGCAAUUUUUAUAAAUAAAACUUUAAAAGUAAUUUAUUCUCUGAAUGAAGAAUAAUGAUUUUAAUUAAGAGUGUAAUGAUACACUGAAAUGUUCUUUAAAUAUAAAGUAUUUCCCUAGUCUUGCAUCUUCAAAAUGAAAAUUACAAAAUGGUAGCUCAAAUAUAAAUUAUUUCUUCAUAAUUUUAAGAAAAUUACAAUCAUUAGAAAUACAUAUAAAACUACUAGACCUUAUAUUACUCUUAAUUCCACAAAGUGGCUAUUCUACUAAUAUUAUUACCAUGUUUUUUUGUCUGUGAUGAAAUCUUUAAAAAACGUACUGUAAAAACUGAGGAGGCUCAGAUAUCAGUAUACAAAUGUAUUAUUAGACUCCUAUGGCUAAAAUGAGGUCAUAGCUGUCGGCUAAUUAAUGACUUAGCACAUGCACACACAAUAAAAUAGCCUUUAAACCUCUAGCGAAUGAUGGAUGCUGGUUUGAGAGUUGGGAGUGGCAACAUAAAAUGCCUUUUCUUAUACUGGUUUAUUUAUUUACUUCGCUAUUGUGUGGCUAGGAAUGCUCAUGUGAAGUAUCAAGCAAUGAGUUAAAAAUAAAUUAAAUGCAGUAACAAUUA